GCCAGACAAGCCAGCUGUGGAAACCCAGUUGGGCUUGGAGCAGAGGAAAGGGGCCCACCCCAUUCUUCUGCCCCAUUUCCCUGGUGUGGCAUUUGGGGGACUCCUGGAAGAGACCCCUGGCCAACUUCCCUUCUGGGCAGACUGAGAAACUGAGGAGCUGAGUCCCCUGCUUGCCCACUUCACGGGCCAAAGCCUCAGUGACCUGCUCAGGACUCUAGCUCCGUGAAGAUGCCGGCAGCUCGUCGGUUCCCUGGCCUAGAGCUCUCCUUCCCUCUCCUGGCCAGACUGCGGCGACGUCUGUACACAAGGCUGGGGAGCAGCAGCAUGCAGCCAGAGGAGGGUACAGGCUGGCUGCUGGAGCUGCUGUCCGAGGUGCAGCUACAACAGUACUUUCUGAGGCUCCGUGAUGACCUCAACAUUACCCGCCUGUCCCACUUUGAGUAUGUCAAGAAUGAGGACCUGGAGAAGAUUGGCAUGGGCCGGCCUGGCCAGCGGCGGCUGUGGGAGGCUGUGAAGAGGAGGAAGGCCAUGUGCAAACGCAAAUCAUGGAUGAGCAAGGUGUUCAGUGGAAAGCGGCUGGAGGCUGAGUUCCCCCCUCAUCACUCUCAGAGCACCUUCCGGAAGACCUCACCUACCCCAGGGGGCCCAGCAGGGGAGGGGCCCCUGCAGAGCCUCACCUGCCUCAUCGGAGAGAAGGACCUGCGCCUCUUGGAGAAGCUGGGAGAUGGUUCCUUUGGUGUGGUGCGAAGGGGCGAGUGGGACGCCCCCUCGGGGAAGACGGUGAGUGUGGCUGUGAAAUGCCUGAAGCCUGAUGUGCUGAGCCAGCCAGAGGCUAUGGACGACUUCAUCCGGGAGGUCAAUGCCAUGCACUCGCUUGACCACCGAAACCUCAUUCGCCUCUAUGGUGUGGUGCUUACGCCGCCCAUGAAGAUGGUGACAGAACUGGCACCUCUGGGAUCGUUGUUGGACCGGCUACGUAAGCACCAGGGCCACUUCCUCCUGGGGACUCUGAGCCGCUAUGCUGUGCAGGUGGCUGAGGGCAUGGGCUACCUGGAGUCCAAGCGCUUUAUUCACCGUGACCUGGCUGCCCGAAAUCUGCUGUUGGCUACCCGUGACCUGGUCAAGAUCGGGGACUUUGGGCUGAUGCGAGCACUACCCCAGAAUGACGACCACUAUGUCAUGCAGGAACAUCGCAAGGUGCCCUUUGCCUGGUGUGCCCCCGAGAGCCUGAAGACACGCACCUUCUCCCAUGCCAGUGACACCUGGAUGUUUGGGGUAACGUUGUGGGAGAUGUUCACCUAUGGCCAGGAGCCCUGGAUUGGCCUCAAUGGCAGUCAGAUCCUGCAUAAGAUUGAUAAGGAGGGGGAGCGUCUGCCCCGGCCUGAGGACUGUCCCCAAGACAUCUACAAUGUCAUGGUCCAGUGCUGGGCUCAUAAGCCGGAGGACAGACCCACGUUUGUGGCCCUGCGGGACUUCUUGCUGGAGGCACAGCCCACUGACAUGCGGGCCCUUCAGGACUUUGAAGAACCAGACAAGCUGCACAUACAGAUGAACGAUGUCAUCACUGUCAUUGAGGGAAGGGCUGAGAACUACUGGUGGCGUGGGCAGAACACGCGGACGCUGUGUGUGGGGCCUUUCCCUCGCAACGUGGUGACCUCCGUGGCUGGCCUGUCUGCCCAGGACAUCAGCCAGCCCCUGCAGAAUAGCUUCAUCCACACAGGGCAUGGCGACAGUGACCCCCGCCACUGCUGGGGCUUCCCCGACAGGAUCGAUGAGCUGUACCUGGGAAACCCUAUGGACCCUCCCGACCUUCUAAGCGUGGAAAUGAGCACUUCCCAACCUGCCCAGCAUCUAGGAAGGCUGAAAAGGGAGCCUCCGCCUCGCCCUCCUCAGCCUGCCAUCUUCACUCAGAAACCUGCCUAUGACCCUGUGAGUGAGGACCAAGACCCCCUGUCCAGCGACUUCAAGAGACUGGGCCUGCGGAAGCCAGGCUUGCCCCGAGGGCUGUGGCUAGCGAAGCCCUCGGCCCGGGUGCCAGGCACCAAGGCAGGUCGUGGCAGUGGGGGUGAGGUCACCCUUAUUGACUUUGGCGAGGAGCCCCUGCUCUCGGCCCCACAGCCCUGCACGCCCUCCCUGGCACAGCUUGCCAUGGAUGCCUGCUCCUUGCUGGACAAGACCCCGCCACAGAGCCCCACACGGGCACUGCCCCGGCCCCUUCAUCCCACACCUGUGGUGGAUUGGGAUGCGCGCCCGCUGCCCCCACCCCCUGCCUAUGACGAUGUGGCCCAAGACGAGGAUGACUUCGAGGUCUGCUCCAUCACCAGCACCCUGAUGGGUGUGGGGCUCUCUGCUGGGCCAAGCCAGGGCGAGACCAAUUACGCCUUUGUGCCUGAGCAGGUGCGGCUCCCCCCUACCCUAGAGGACAACCUGUUCCUCCCGCCCCAGGGUGGGAGCAAGCCGCCCAGCUCUGCCCAGACUGCAGAGAUCUUCCAGGCACUGCAGCAGGAGUGCAUGCGGCAGCUGCAGGUCCCUGCUGGCUCACUGGCCCCCUCACCCAGCCUGGUGGGUGAUGACAAGCCCCAGGUGCCCCCCCGGGUACCCAUCCCCCCUCGGCCCACACGCCCACGUGUUGAGCUGUCUCCAGCCCCCUCAGGUGAGGAGGAGAUGGGCCUGUGGCCUGGACCUGCCUCCCCUCCCAGGGUGCCUCCCCGGGAGCCCCUGUCCUCUCAAGGCUCGAGGACCCCCAGUCCCCUGGUGCCACUGGGCAGCUCCCCACUUCCACUCCGGCUCUCAAGCUCACCUGGGAAGACCAUGCCCACCACCCAAAGCUUUGCCUCAGACCCCAAGUAUGCCACACCCCAGGUGAUCCAGGCACCUGGCCCACGGGCUGGUCCCUGCAUCCUGCCCAUCGUCCGCGAUGGGAAGAAGGUCAGCAACACCCACUACUACCUGCUGCCUGAGCGCCCACCUUACCUGGAGCGCUACCAGCGCUUCCUGCGUGAGGGCCAGAGCCCGGAGGAGCCAGCACCUCUGCCCGUGCCCUUGCUGCUGCCCCCACCCAGCCCCCCAGCCCCUGCUGCCCCCAUGGCCGCAGUUCGACCAAUGCCCCAGGCUGCCCCAGACCCCAAGGCCAACUUCUCCACCAACAACAGCAACCUAGGGGCCCGGCCACCAGCACUGAGGGCCACUGCUCGGCUGUCACAGAGGGGCUUCCCUGGGGAUGGGCCAGAAGCUGGACGGCCAGCAGACAAGAUCCAAUUGCUGCAGGCCAUGGUGCAUGGGGUGACCACAGAGGAGUGCCAGGCGGCCCUGCAGAGCCACGGCUGGAGUAUGCAGAGGGCUGCCCAGUAUCUGAAGGUGGAGCAACUCUUUGGGCUGGGUCUGCGGCCACGGGGGGAGUGCCUCAAAGUGCUGGAGAUGUUUGACUGGAACCUGGAGCAAGCCGGCUGCCACCUUCUGGGCUCCUGUGGCCCUGCCCACCACAAGCGCUGAGAUGCAUCUGGAGAGCUGAAGGGUCUGCCCUGAAGGAAUCACUUGAGCCUGUCCAUCUGUCAAGGGUGGAGAGACACCCCUACCCAGGCCUGGAGGACCUGCUGCUACCAGCUGCUCCCAGUAGACAGAGCGAGGCCAAGGCAGCAGGAGGCUGGGAGCCCUGCCUUGCCUGUCCCUCCCUCACCUAGUGCUGUCCCCGCACACUUUGUUUCAGCCCUCGGUGCCCCAGCCAAGAUGUGGGAAGGAGACUGUGAAGGCAGGCCCUGUGUAUGACCUGCCUCUGGCUCUAGUCCUUCGCUGGGCCUGUGGCUGUAGUGGUGCCCCCAGGCCCUGCCCAGGGGGAUCAAACUGAGAGGAAGCUGGGCUUGACGUGUGCAGGGAGGAUGUGUUGGCCACACAGAAAGGUGGACCAGCACCUGGCGGGCCCUCCUCAGGGCUAUGCCCUUUUCCAGGGAGCCACUGGCAGGCAGUUGGGUUGUUGGACAGAAUGUGACUUGCUGCCUUGCCAUAAACACGUUAUGGGACUUGGCUGGUCUUACGAUCUUAUGCCUGGAAAUAGCCUGAGGUGGCUCAGAAAGCAGAGAAAGGGUGCCAGAUCAUUCUCUGGCAGGGACCAGGGCCCAAGGCCCCAGGGUUGGAAGGAGACCAAGGGGGCAGCAGCCCUGGAGAGACACCAAUACUUCCUCUUCUCUUCCCCUUCUGCUGUUCUGUGUUUUCCCACCAGCUUCUGUCACCAAAGUUGUUGCCCCAGCUAUCAAUACCUGCUUCUUCCAGAUAAAUAAAGUUAGUUUCUAUUUUAUGUUA